UACAGAAUGGCACAGACAGAAGAUAACCUGGACCAUGACAUCCCACUAUGGCCUCUGCCAUCAAACUGGGCUAAAGCAGUUGUGGGACUUCUUUCCAUCAUCUGCUUUGCUAACAGCUAUGACGGGGACUUUGUCUUCGAUGACUCAGAAGCUAUCCUCAACAAUAAGGACCUCAGGGCAGAAACCCCACUUGGUGAUCUAUGGCAUCAUGACUUCUGGGGCAGCAAACUGAGUAGCAAUACCAGCCACAAAUCAUAUCGACCGCUUACUGUACUAACAUUCAGGAUCAAUUAUUUUUUAGCUGGAGGCUUCUACCCAUUGGGUUUUCACGUCAUCAAUAUAAUACUCCAUUGUGUUAUCUCCAUCAUAAUCGUUGAUGUCUUCUCGAUACUGUUGGGUGGGCUGCAAUACACCAGUAAAGGCAGAAGACUAAACUUGGUUCCCAAAUCGUCCCUGCUGGCUGCUUUACUGUUUGCUAUCCAUCCCGUUCACACUGAAUGUGUUGCAGGGAUCGUUGGCCGAGCAGACCUGUUGUGCGCCCUGUUCUUUCUGUUGUCAUUUCUUGGCUAUUGCAGAGCACUGAAAGAGAGUAAGUGUAAAGAAGGAACCCCUUUUUCCAUAGCCUGGAUCUUGCUGAGCAUUCUCCUAGGUGCUGUGGCCAUGCUGUGCAAAGAACAAGGAAUCACGAUACUGGGUUUAAAUGCUCUCUUUGAUGCUGUGGUGAUAAAUAAGCUCAACAUUUUGGAAGUUGUACUGAAGAUUCUACGUAAGGAUAAGUCACUGGAGAGCCUGGUGGUGUUUCGAAAAGGACUCCUCUCCAGGACAACUAUGCUGCUGUGUGGAGGAGCCGCCAUGCUGUAUGUACGCUGGCGCAUUAUGGGCACAGGGCCACCUGCUUUUACUGAAGUAGAUAACCCAGCCUCGUUUGCAGAUAGUCUGUUUGUGAGGGCUAUAAACUAUAAUUACUACUAUUCCUUGAAUGCAUGGUUGCUACUGUGUCCCUGGUGGCUGUGUUUUGAUUGGUCAAUGGGCUGUGUGCCCCUUAUUAAAUCAGUCACUGACUGGAGAAUAAUUGCACUAGCAGUCCUUUGGUUCUGCCUAAUUGCCCUGAUGGGCCAAGCCUUGCGCUCUGAAGACAGCCAGAAGAGAAGAAUCCUCACGCUGGGAUUGGGAUUUCUCAUUAUCCCUUUUCUUCCCGCGAGCAACCUUUUCUUUCGAGUUGGGUUUGUCGUCGCGGAAAGAGUAACCUACCUCCCCAGCAUUGGCUACUGCAUGCUGAUAACAUAUGGAUUCAGUCUAUUGAGCAAACAGGCGAAGAGAAAGAAAUUACUUGUUGCUGCUCUGCUGGGCCUCUUGUUGAUAAAUGUAUGGCGUUGUGUUAUCCGCAGUAACCAGUGGCGAUCUGAGGAGCAACUUUUUAGGAGCGCUUUGUCCGUGUGUCCGCUGAACGCCAAAGUUCAUUAUAAUGUUGGCAAAAACUUGGCUGAUAAAGGCAAUCAAAGUGCUGCAAUCAGUUAUUACAGAGAGGCUGUAAGACUGAAUCCUAAAUAUGUGCAUGCCAUGAACAACCUGGGAAACAUCUUGAAAGAAAGGAAUGAACUCCACGAAGCUGAAGAGCUUCUCUCGCUAGCUGUGCAAAUACAGCCUGAUUUUGCAGCAGCAUGGAUGAAUCUAGGAAUAGUACAGAAUAGUUUAAGAAGAUACGAAGAAGCAGAGCAAAGCUAUUGGACUGCAAUCAGACAUAGGAAAAAAUAUCCAGAUUGUUACUACAAUUUAGGACGCUUGUAUGCUGAUCUAAAUCGACAUGUAGAUGCAUUGAACGCAUGGAGGAAUGCCACUGUUCUGAAACCACAACACAGUUUAGCUUGGAACAACAUGAUUAUAUUGCUUGAUAACACAGGUAACUUGGCACAAGCUGAAGCUGUCGGACGGGAGGCUCUGGAGUUAAUACCUAAUGAUCAUUCUCUCAUGUUUUCACUGGCAAAUGUACUGGGGAAAUCACAGAAAUAUAAGGAAUCGGAAGCUUUGUUCCACAAGGCAAUUAAAGCCAAUCCAAAUGCAGCCAGUUACCAUGGUAAUUUGGCUGUGCUGUACCAUCGCUGGGGAAAUCUUGACUUAGCCAAGAAACACUAUGAAGUCUCUCUGAAGCUUGACCCCACAGCAGCUGGGACCAGGGAAAACUAUAGUCUUUUAAAAAGGAAACUGGACCAACUGCAAAAGAAGGGGUGAUGUCUGAGGUUUCUUCUCAGGCUUUGAAUGCAUACGGCACACCAUUGACUGGUAACAUGGCUACUAAUCACCAGAGGGACGCUUUCACCACUCCCUGUCAUUUAAAAAACAAAAAGCCCCUAUAAUUACAGCACCAGCAGUGGAGAUACUCUAAUGUUUCACGGAGGCUAA